AUGGAGAAGGUGGGCAGGCGGAUUGUGACCAGAGACGCUGUUCGCCGCGGUCUCCAAGUCUCGAAUCGGCGCUCGGCGCUGUUCGCCGCGGUCCCCAAGUCUCGAAUCGGCGCUCGGCGCUGUUCGCCGCGGUCCCCAAGUCUCGAAUCGGCGCUGGGCGCUGUUCGCCGCGGUCUCCAAGUCUCGAAUCGGCGCUCGGCGCUGUUCGCCGCGGUCUCCAAGUCUCGAAUCGGCGCUCGGCGCUGUUCGCCGCGGUCCCCAAGUCUCGAAUCGGCGCUGGGCGCUGUUCGCCGCGGUCUCCAAGUCUCGAAUCGGCGCUCGGCGCUGUUCGCCGCGGUCCCCAAGUCUCGAAUCGGCGCUCGGCGCUGUUCGCCGCGGUCCCCAAGUCUCGAAUCGGCGCUCGGCGCUGUUCGCCGCGGUCCCCAAGUCUCGAAUCGGCGCUGGGCGCUGUUCGCCGCGGUCCCCAAGUCUCGAAUUGGCGCUCGGCGCUGUUCGCCGCGGUCCCCAAGUCUCGAAUCGGCGCUCGGCGCUGUUCGCCGCGGUCCCCAAGUCUCGAAUCGGCGCUCGCGGCGGUUCCGCUGCCUCCGAGCGCCAAGGGAGACGCGGGACACGGCGGGCAACAGAUACAACAUGGAGGCCGCAACAUCGGGGGAUGCACCCAUCAAAGAAGAACGAGAGGAACGCGCAAGCGGGGCUGGGUGGCUUGCUGUGACCGUAAAGGGAGAGGACCCUGGAGCCGAGGACCUUCACGUGGAUGGCGAGAAGCUCGUGGAUGGUGGAGAUGACCUUGGGGCAGAUCGCCUCGACCUUCAUUUUGAUGGACAGGAUCUUCAGUCUGAUGGACAUGACCAUUCUGAUGGCGAGGGCCUUGGUAAAGAGGGCUCCACUGUUAGAUGUGAGGCGUGGGAUUCGUGUGGAGCCCGGGCAGCCCUGGGGAGCUGGGCAGAGGUGGAGGUGGAGCUGGAGGACUCGAGUGACGCAGGUAGCAGCAUUGUGGAGACCGCUGCAUUGUUCCACUGUGAGGGAGCUGCAAACAACAAUGCACAGCAGAGCGAGACGCAGCAGACGGUGAUCCUGGAGAGCAAUGCUGAGCCCCCGUGUGGGAAGGCUGCAGCAGUGGCAGUGAUGGAGGAAGCGGAGGGGGAGAAGCCGCACGUGUGCGGAGCCUGUGGCAAGUCGUUCGCAGUUCUCUCCAACCUCCAGAUGCACCUUGCAAUGCACACGGGGGAGCGGCCGCAUGUAUGCGCCGAGUGCAGGGAGGCAUUUGCAUGCGCCGAGCUGCUGGAGCGGCACCGGCGCUUGCACGCCACUUGGGCAAAGUCCUACAUGUGCUCGGAGUGUGGAAAAGCAUUCCGACAGCUGGGAAACCUCAAGAACCACGAGCGCACGCACACGGGCGAGCGCCCACACGCCUGUCCCCAGUGCGGAAAGGCAUUCGCCGACCUCUCGAGCCUCCAGCAGCACCGGCGCAUCCACACGGGCGAGCGACCGCACCGCUGCUCGGAGUGCGGGAGGGCGUUCAAACAGUCGGGCAGCCUCCAGCGGCACCAGCGCACGCACACGGGCGAGCGGCCCCACCGCUGCUCGCUGUGCGGCAAGGCCUUCGCCUUGGCCCACACCCUGCAGCAACACCGCAAGGUGCACACGGGCGAGAAGCCGCACGCGUGCCCCGAGUGCGGGAAGGCCUUCGCGCAGGCUGGGAACCUGCAGCAGCACCUGAGGACGCACGCACGCAGGAAGCCCUUCAAGUGCUUCGAGUGCGGCAAGGCCUUCACGCAGCCCCGGGGACUCAAGAAGCACGAGAGAGUACAUGCCUCAGGAGCUGCAGAUCUGCAGUCAAUGGAGGACCUUCAGUCUGAGGAAAAUGAGCUUCGAAUGAAUGGAGAUGAUGUUCUAGCUGACAGAGAAAACCUGGUCCUUAGAGGAGAUCAUCUGGCUGAAGGAGAGGAAAUUCAUGCUGAAAGAGGAAGCCCUCAUUCUAAUGGAUAUGACGUUCUGGAUGACGGAGAUGAUCUUCAGAAGUACAAAGAGAUCCUUCAGGUUGAUGAGGAAGACCUUGGAUGUGAAGGAGAAGACCUGCAGGCUGAAGGAGAAGACGUAAGGGAUGAUGAAAAUAACUUGCAGGGUGAUGGAGAGGACCUGCAAGUUAAUGGAGAGCACUUGCAGGCUGACAGAGAUGACCUGCAGGGUGACAGAAAUAGCCUGCAGGGUGACGGAGAGGACAUCAUCCGGCGUGAUGGCUCCAGCGUGACACCUGGAGAGAUGUGGGUAUCGCGGGGAGGCUGCGCAGCAUCGGCGACCUGGACCGAGGUGGAGGUGGUGCAGCCAGAGGACUCGCGCGAUGCAGGAAGGAUAUUGGUGGAAACCCAGAGGCUCAAGUGUCCCCUCUGCUGCCAGAGCUUCCUGUCGGAGAGCAACCUACACAGCCACACAGUGCAGUGUGGCCAGGAUUCCAGUAGCAGCCAGAGGCAGCAGAUACCCAAUGCUGGUGGUGGCUCCCGCCAGGUCACCGUACGAGGGGAGGCAUUCACACAGCCAGAGGAGCUCCACGCACAGCGCACGAUGCAUGCUGUCACCAGCAUUAGCAGUGGCAGCAGCGUCCCACAUGUGUACCCUGAGUGUGGGGAGUUGUUCACAGAUCCGGAGGAGAUGCAAGCUCACUGUGUGGCUCGCAUUGCCAAACGGCCGCAUGUAUGUGCUGAGUGUGGGGAGGCAUUUGCGUGGGCUGAGCAGCUGCAGUCACACAGGGGGGCACAUGCGCGUGAGAAGCCGCAUGUUUGCGAGAAGUGUGGGAAGGCAUUUGCAGUGUCCUCAAACCUCCAGAUGCACUUGGUAACGCACACAGGUGGGCGACCGCAUGCGUGCACCGAGUGCGGGAAGUCAUUCACGCGGCCCGAGUUGCUGGAGAGGCACCGGCGUUCGCACACGUGGGAUAAGCCGUACAUGUGCUUUGAGUGCGGAAAGGCAUUCACGCAGCUUGGCAACCUCCAGAACCAUGAGCGCACGCACACGGGUGAGAAGCCGCACCUGUGCCCCGAGUGUGGUAAGGCUUUCGCUGACCUCUCGAGCCUCCAGCAGCACCGACGCAUCCACACGGGCGAGCGACCGCACCGCUGCUCGGAGUGCGGGAGGGCGUUCAAACAGUCGGGCAGCCUCCAGCGGCACCAGCGCACGCACACGGGCGAGCGGCCCCACCGCUGCUCGCUGUGCGGCAAGGCCUUCGCCUUGGCCCACACCCUGCAGCAACACCGCAAGGUGCACACGGGCGAGAAGCCGCACGCGUGCCCCGAGUGCGGGAAGGCCUUCGCACAGGCUGGGAACCUGCAGCAGCACCUGAGGACGCACGCACGUAGGAAGCCCUUCAAGUGCUUCGAGUGCGGCAAGGCCUUCACGCAGCCCCGGGGUCUCAAGAAGCACCAGAGGGUACAUGCCACAGGGGCUAUUGGGCAGUGACAUCCAUAUACAGAACAUUCGGUGGAAAAUAUUUAUGCUACCGAUCAUAGCAUGCAACCAUAUCACCAUGAUUUAUUUGGGAAAUGGAUCAAGUGGAGUUGAAAUGGGCCCAAGAAUUGGUUAUUGGAGACGGAAAAAAUUGCUUCGAUGGCCAUAGCUGUCAUUCUGUAAAGAUUGCAUAGUUUAAUAAGCAAAUAUGUGCAGAUAUAGGGCACAUUGGACAUUGGCCUGUGUUAAUUGUUAAAUAACAAUCUCUUGUCAUGCUUUACUCUGUUUAAUAAGCUACAGACCAUUAAAAUGCAACGUUGAAAGCAGAAACCACAAAAAGAGGCUUCAGACUGUAUGAAACUUUCCUGGUUCACCAUUUAAAGUUCCAAGUACAGGUAGUCCCAAUAAUCUGUUUUUACGCGAUUUACAGAGGGGGACAGACCCCAAUCAACGUGUUCUACUUAACAAGAUUUCACACAUUUUAGUGGAAUUUUCCACCACAUUUCCUUAUAUAGUGCAGUACUCAAGCAUGAGGCAAUAUGAUUGUUGCGGGCAGAAGCAGCGAGCCACCCCACUCAGUCUUUGUUCUGCCUCGUGCUAGCUCAGACGUGUGUGCGUUUAUCUCAAUUCUAUACCUUUUAAUUUUCUUUAAUCAAAAUAAUGUUCAUAAUGUGCGGUAGAGGUAAGAAGCAUAGUGGUGAUGCUUCAAGUGGUAGUGCAAGUAAGAAAAGUGGCAACAAAACAAAAGCGUAAUGUGCUUGAGUGCUAUGAGAACAAUGCACAUGUAAUAUUUUCCGGGCUACUGGCUUGCACGAAGGUACACUAAGAACCAUCCGACAGAAUGGGGACAAAAUUAAAUAAAGUUGCGGCCAGAUCAUCUCACACAAGGCCACUCCACCCAUCACAUCUCACAUGCACAGACUACAGUAAUCUCUACUUAAGGUUACCUUUAUCAUUGUGUCUUUAACAAAUAUAUUAUUCCUGCCAAAAAUACACAUGGGAAAUAAUAAAAAGCAUUAGCCAAAACAUAGUCAUAAUAAAUGGGUAAUAAUACAUCUCCAUCGAGUUGGGGGCUUGGAACGUAACCCCCCUCCUCGUUACAUUAUUUCUUGCGGGAAGUUAGUUUUCAAUUUACACAAUUUAACCUUACAUGAAGAUGUUCAAGUACGUAUUUAUCGUGUUAAUGAGUAUAAUUGUAAUGUAUAAAUAUUAAACUUGGAUUAUAUCAUUCUAUAAUUGCAUCCCUAUACACAGAUGUAACAAUGUAAUACUUGAACUCAGGAUUACUAAAUAUUUGUGAAGCUAAUCUUACGGUAAUGCCCUACAAAUGUUUUAUUUGUAAGCUUCAUGGUUAGGAAAAAUAAAAAUUCCAACUGACCAAUGUUUGAAUUCGCAUCUCACAAAAUAGAAAAAUCCCCUGUAUCGCCUUAACAAUGUUGGGGCAAGUGCUGUUAGCGAGUAGCACCUAUGAAGGCCACCACGGCACACGAGGGGGUAGGUGGCCAGCACCACUCCCACCGUCUUUGUCUCCCCAACGGUCACCAGAUACUUAUUUGAGUACCUCACACACAACAAGAGCUGCCAUUCACCACUGAAUGGUGGUGACAUCUCCAGGGUGCUUGUGCCAAGCCAGAUGCACUUUGAGGUCAUGUGAAGUGUCGAAAGCUCGCUGACAGAAGGUCACGGGACAGACCCAGAUGUCAUGGGUCGACUGAGAUGACUGGCAGAUAUACCAUUACUGUGCCAACUUGCUGCAUUUUUUUCUGCCCGGAGCUCCGCUCUUUGUUGUGAGUGUUGCUCCACUGCCCUCCGUUGUUUUUGGAGGGUGACUGCCACCAACUGCCCAGCAGCGUCCUUCACAUGUCUCCUCCAUAGAGGCCGAUCGUGACACCGCUAAUACCAGUCUUAGGCGAGUCCAUUCAGCACCACAUCCUCUUGUACCACAUCAGUCCAUCUCUUUUCCAGACGGUGUCGUGCCCAUUUAGCCCCCACUAUCUGGCCAAACAAAAGCUGUUUGGGCAUACGGUGGCUGAGCAUGUGGGCUACAUUACCCAACCAUACAGCCUUCCUUGCCAGAGGAGCUCACCGAUGGGACUAUAUCCAGAUCUGUAAAGGAUUUGUGAGCUCACAUUCCAGUCUGGUUAAACCCAGGAUGGAUCAUAUGUAGGCCAGCCUGAAUGUUGCUAACUUGUGCAGAUGUUCCAUUAAAGGGAUCUAUGUUUCACAAGCAUAGAGAAGGGAGGGCAUGACUGGCAGAGAAGACCCCAAGCUUUGUGCGGAGCGACAGACCAGGUAGCUUUCACAUAGCAUUACAAAGCUGAUGAAAAGAUUGUUCUGCCCAACUAAUUCGCAGUGAGACCUUUGCUGUCGAGCCAGAGCUGGUCAUAAGCACACUGCCCAGGUAUGGAAAACUCUCCACAACUGCUCCAUCACCAAUGGGGAGUUAAGGGGGUGGAGUGUUUCAUGACGCAACAUACCCAGGCAGGUGCUAAGUGUUGGUGAGGCUGAUGGCAAGGCCCCACCUCUUAGUAACAUGCUCCAGAUUUUGACUUAAAACUUUCAUGACUGCAGGAAUUCAUAUUCUUUGGUUAUUUCGGUAAAGCCACGUAGUUAGAAUAAUAAUAAAGUGAAGAAAAAUGUAAGUAAAAAAACACGACGUUUCGAUCGCAACACAAGCAGUCUUCAGGAAAAGAGGGGUUAGCCUCUAAAGGCAAGCUGUUUAUAAAGGUUUAAAAUGGGCGUAGCCAAAGUGUCAGCAGCAUUGGGGGGCAGGUAAUGUUCAUUUUGUUGACGGUGGAGGUUGCUGCUAGAGGUAAUGGUAGUAGUGGGCAGCGAUGGUCCUGGUGGUGGGCUUCCACCAAUGAAAGGGAUUCCAGGUCUAAAAUGGAAACAUUACAGCCAGUUAUGACUUGAACUGGUUGAUAACGUGCUUCCAGUGAUUUCUGAGUUUGUACCCAUCUUCUCGGUUGAAAUUGUGUCUAUGUUUGUAUAUAUGGAUGGCCGCCUUUGUCUCCCGAGUAGUGACAUUCACACAUUGCACCAGGUAUUCAUUUGAGGCGAAGUCAGUUUUCAGUUUCAUGUAUUAGGUAUAACCCUGUGAGCCAUGCGGCUCUUGACUCGGGUGCAACCGCAACAACCAAAAACAUGAACAAGAAACAUCUUAAAGUGACUACACGCGACAGAAAAAUCCAGGAAGAAACAGCAAAGUCUCUUAGAUUAAAGUUAUCAGGCUAACUCUGUACUACAACAACAAACAUGGCUAAACCAAAACGUUUUCAAAAUCACCAAAAUAAAGCUAUAAAAACAAUGUAACAGUGAUCAUAGAAACUGUGAUUCAAAUUUAACAAUAAACGAUAUACAUAACAUGUAUGACCAAACUUUGCAACCGAAGCUGGCAGCAUGAGUCACUCCAUAAAAGCAGGAGUAUCAGUAGCAGUAUCAACAUUUUUCAAUACACCUUUAAAGAUCAGCACACUAUAAUCAAAACUCAAGAUCAUACUUUGCAGCAAUCACCCGGAAUUAUACAUUUGAUUUUAGACCAUUCUGAAUAGCAGUGGCAGCUAGGGGUGUACACCUCCUCUAGAGCAGUUUUGAGUGAAGAUCUCACAGGUAGUGAUCCAAGUUGCAGUUUAUUGGCGAUAGCAUUCCAGAUCCUGGAGGCAUCAAUAGAAAAGGCCCUUCCUCCAGUAUUUGUACGGCAAUAAGGAAUGUGAAGCUGGUAAAUGAGCGAAAGAUCUUAGUUCACAUUUGUUCUUCGAAACAGUGAGGAGAUCUAGCAGAUAGUCUGCUGAUUUUUUUUGUAAGUACAUCGUGAAUAAGUCGAACUAGCGGAGGCUGAGGACCAAUUCGGAUAAUCGUUACUUGUGUUGGCGAUCAGCGGAAAUUGAACUCGUGUCGCUGGGUUCUUUGCGCAGUGUGCUAACCGUUGUCCUACCGCUCCCCUUGGAAAUGCACGCCCCCACUGACACUUCAGGUUCACCACACUACACGCUACUCGCUCAACCUCACUGCAUUCACCCUCACACUGCAAUACUUAUCACACCCAUACACUGCCCUAUACACCAGACAAAAUUUGAUAUGCUACACUGUACAAACUAAAUUAAACCAAAAACUACACUAUACGUCACACAUCACUGUACACUAUACUAUACGCCACCAUACUUUACCCAUCUACCUCUCUUAUAAACUACAGCAUUUUACAUGUACCAACGCACACAUUCACUCACAUCUGAUUUGUUACGUCACGACUGAGCUGCACACCACGUGAUACGGAUCAUAUUACAUCAAGGACAUCAGGUGUGUUUGUGACGUCAUCACUUCCUGUCAGUGAUAUAAAUAGAGGCUCACGUUCCUCGAGUUCUUCCAGUCACAUCUUCAUCAAUGUCCAAAUCAGUAGCCCAAGCAGCUGCUGCGAAUCAUAACUGCUCACAUGUAAACAAUUGUUCCGAGUGGAGACGGGAGAAAGCGUUUUUUUUCGUCAAAGACCAGCUUUACAUUGUUCAAAAUAAAAUAUGAACUUUUUUUCGAAGCAACUGGUGAGACAGGAAUCGAAGAUGUUGCCUACCAAUGAAAUUUUAGAUGAUCACACAAACAACACCAACAGCAACAAUGAUAGCACACAGUCUAACUCACGGUUCAUGUACUGGGUGUUAGUCAUUAAGGAUAAGGUCAUCCCUUUGAUUUCCAUGCUCUAUAAUGCUUACAAAUUUUUGGACUCCAUACGUCAAACUCCACAAAUUCAAAUGCAAAACAAGAAUAACGACGUGAAGAAAUUGCUAAGGAUGAACUGCCGUUGUAGAUAUAUAGCCAAGAUGCACAGAAUGAAGAGGAAGUUGGUCUCCAUACGUCAUCAGCAAAUAAAGAAACACACAAAGGCGACCCAGACAGAUCACUCUGCUCCCCCAAGCCAAGAAAUUACAGAUAUGGUGCUGAGCAGGCCUAUUGUCGGCCAGAUCCCAGCUGCCAGCGGCAUCAUGUGGACGGGAUGGGCCAUGGUGAAACCACUGCAACGGGGUGUCCAGUUUGUCGUCCUUGGUCUCAGCAGGCUGGUGCCUAGGGCGUUCUGGCAAGUUGGCCCGAGGGCAAAUACACCCACCCUGCUUCGCAACUGACAGAGAUGGAACUUGGCUCACCCCUCCCAGAUAUUGACAUAGUCAGACGAUAAAUUACUGAGAUGUUCUGUCCCAAUGUGGUGUUUUGUUGCAUUAAAACACCACACGAUGGCAGAGCAACAAUAAAACCGUGGCCAUGGGAAGAUUCUGACAUUGUGCCAUGCUCAUUAUAACCUAUUCUCGGCAGUGUUAUGCCUCUGCUCACCUUCGCCUGCGCCAUCGUGUCUGUUCACCCAUUUGACCUUCUGGCAUGUGGUGUUGAGUAAUAUGCAAAUACACGGGCUUCUAAAUGCACACACCCUGAUAGAUCACAUUCAAUUACCAAACGUAUUCUGUGGCUUCUUUCGUCUCAGAGAUAAUUUGCCCACCAAUGUUUUAAAUAGCUUGCUUGGAUGGGAACGUGUUCGAGAAAGUAUGGCAUUCAUUGAUAAAGUCUGUAGUUUAUGAAAAUAUUUUAAUUGUUGUGACUUGUAAGUAUGUUAGGCUUCUUUGAAAUUGUUUCUGAAAUACAUGAAAUUGUUUCCUGUAAGAUAAUGUUUUAUUAUAAAGCAGAAAAUACCUCCGUUUGUUUGUGUGAAGCAGCAAAAACUCUCGAUCGCUG